AUGUCAUAUGCCAAGGUCGAAGUCGUCGAAAUGGAGAGAGCCAUCGACCGCGCCGUUGAGUUGGAAAGAGCCGUCGACGACGCCAAGCGUGCCCCUGUGAGGGAUAGAAGGCCAGAGCUGGGGCGGCGAUGCGUAGUUUUCCGACGCCUCGUGCUGGCGGCCUUACUAGCUACUGGGGCCGCUGCGUACGUCGUCGUUGCGAAAAUAUUGGAGUGCAACUGGAACCCCCUGCAGUGGAGCAGCAGCUCGCAGCGAUUCGAGAUGUGCCUUGCCGUCUGGGACAAUCACGCGCACUUUGUCCGCGACAUCUUGUGGCGCUCCUUCCGGCGAGACUGGCCGGCGCCCGCUCGGCUGGAGCCGUGGAUGGCGACAUUCCACGGCGCGGGCCCGCUACUGAGCGCGCUGGAGGCUGCGGGCGCGGCUCACGAGCUGGUGCAGCCCCCUUCGCCCCUAUUUGAGUGGAAGACACUGGUGGGCGACGGCGUGGUGACGGUCUGCCCGCCCUCGCCUGAGUUCUCGUUCUACUCGAUGCUGGCGAGCACGCAGCUGAGCGCGCCCGACCUGGACGUCUAUCUCAGCCGAGGCCACAAUACGCGCCGGCGCUUCACAAACGAGGGCGCCAUGCUAGACGCCCUUCGCGAUGCUUUCCCCGCGCUUGUGGUGGCGGACACCUCGGUGCCGCUUCUCGAGCAAGCGCGCUUCUUUACCCGCGCGCGCGUUCUGAUCGGCUUGCAUGGCGCGGGCCUUGCCAAUGCCGUGUGGAUGUCGCCGUCCCACCUCCACUAUCUCGUUGAGAUUAUGCCCGGCAACUACUCCAAGGUCACCUACGGCAACCUGGCGGGCUGCCUCGGGCUGGGCUAUGAGCGCAUCAAUACGCCCACCUCGUUGGUGCGCGCAUCCAAUCCUCGCGACAUCGAGCGCCGAAGGGAGCGCGAUGCCAUCGUGGAGGUGUCGCCCGCGGACCUAGCAAUGGCGACGAACGUGUCCCGCAAGAUUGUCGCGGCCCGAGAGUCGUUCGAGCGCUUACGCUUCUAG